UGUCUAAAUACUAAAAUGGGUGAACUAGAGUGCCUGGCCUUAAAUGAGGAUAUUGAUAUAAUAGGCAUCAUGAAAACUUGGUGUAAUGAGGAUAAUCAGUGGAUUUGCGAUAAUACGAGGGUACAAAAUAUAUAGGAAUGACAGAGCUGGUGGGGGAGUGGCACUAUAUGUGAAAGACAGCAUAGUCAAGUAAAGUAAAAAUCUAAAAUGAAUUAAACUGAACCAUAGAAUCGCUAUGGAUAGAAAUUUCAUUUUGAAUAAUCAGAGUAUAGCAGUAGGAAUAUGAUACCGACCACCUGACCAGGAAGGUGAUGGUGACUUUGAAGGAGUUUAGAGAGGCUAUGAAGACAGAAAACCCAAUAAUAAUGGGGGAUUUCAAUUGUCCUCAUAUUGACUGGGUACAUGUCCUCUCAAAAACGGAUGCAGAGGUAAAAUUUCUAGACACAUUAAAUGACUGCGUCUUGGUUCAGCUUGUCCUGGAACCCUCAAGGGGAGAGGUAAUUCUUGAUUUUAAUCCUAAAUGGAGCACAGAAUAUGGCCAAGAGGUAAAUAUAGCUGAACAUCUCAGUAAUAGCGACAAUGAUGUAAUUAAAUUUAACAUUCUUGGAGGGGGAGAAAGGCCAAAGAAACCCACCACAAUAGCAUUUAACUUCAAAACAGGUAACUACACAAAAAUGAGGAAGCUAGUUAGACGGCAGUUAAAAGGAACCGUUACAAGAGUGAAAUGCCUGCAAACUGAAUGGAGACUAUGUAAAAGCACCAUAACUGAGGCAGUAAAAGGACCCAAAAAAUUCCACCAUGCGUAAGCAGCUGAAUAAAAGAGAUGAUUAGAGGCUAAAAGGUAUCCUUUAAAAAUGGGAAGUUAAGUCCUAGUGAGGAAACUAGAAAGAAGCAUAAACUCAGGCAAGUCAAGUGUAAAUGUAUGAUAUAACAGACCAAGAAAGAAUUUGAAGAGCAACUAGCUAAGUACACAAAAACUAACAGCAAAAAAAGUACAUCAGAAGCAGAAAUCCUGCCAAACAGUCAGUGGAUCCACUGGAUGAUUGUGUUGCUAAAGGAGCACUCAGAGAUGACAAGGCUCUGGCAGAGAAGCUAAAUUAAUUUUUGAAUUGGUUUUCACCGAAGAGGAUGAGGGGGAGAUCCCCACAUCUGAGCCGUUCUUUUUAGGUGACAAAUCUGAGGAACUGUUGAUUGAGGUGUCAGUAGAAGAGGUUUCAGAACAAAUUGAUAAAUUAAACAGUAAUAAAUCACCAGGACCAGAGGGCAUUCACUCAAGAGUUCUGAAGGAACUCAAAUAAAUUGCAGAACUACUAACUAUGGUUUACUUAAAUCAGCCUGUGUACCAGAUGAUUGCAGGAUAGCUAAUGUGAUGCUGAUUUUUAAAAAAGGCUCCGCACAAUGUAGUAAAAUGGUUAAUAAUUAGAAGAACAUGCGUGGCAGCAGUGAGGUCCAGUGGCUAGAGCACUGGACUGGGAGUAAAGUGACCUCCACUCUGACAAUGACCUGCUGUGUAACCUUAGCCAAGUCUCAUAACUGUUCUGUUGAUGAGAUUUUUGUGCUGCUGCCAUAAAUUAGAGCUACUCUGACUUACGCCAGGGGCCACUAUGGCUCCUGAAACAGUUUUAAGCUACCUUGGCACCUCCUCAUCCCAGCUGCAAAAUCCCACCUUUUGUCUCAGUUUUUCCCUGCUGUACCAUGGGGAUGGGGAUGCUUAAUGCACUGCUGCAAGGUGCUCAGAUACCUAUAUACAAAUAGAGUAGAGUGCUGGAGCUUAUCAUUAAAAGCACUGAAGUGACUUAGGAGCACGUCCCGCUGAACGUCAAUAUGACGUGUACUUCUUAGGCACUUUUGAAAAUCCCACCCACUCACCCUCUUUUGUAAGGCACUUUGAGACCUGUGGAUGCGCUUAGUAAAAGCUAAAUAUUAAUCUAAUUCCUCAUUGCCCUCUCAAUGCAAGCAUUAACAAAGUACAGUAACUCCGCUUUGAAAAUAGAUAUUCAUCAUGUCUCUUGGUUAUACGAACUUAUACAAUUGCCAAGUGCCUUUGGAAACCAUUUUUGUAUGCAGUGUUGUUGUAGCCAUGUUGGUCCCGGGGUAUUAGAGAUGCACGGUCGGUGAGAUAACAUCUUUUACUGGACCAACUUCUAUUGGUGAGAGAGACGAGCUUUUGAGCUUACAGAAAGGUGAGACCCGAAGAAGAGCUCUAUAUAAUCUCAAAAGCUUGUCUCUCUCACUAACAGAAGAAGUUGGUCCAAUAAAAUAUAUUACCUCCCCCACCUUGUCUCUCUUUUUGAACUAUUGUCCAUUUCGAUCCUAUUCUUGAGACUUUCCUUCUUAUUCUAUGGUAUAAUGAUCACCUUAAAAAUUAUCCCUUUAAUAGAGAACAAAGUUUGUUACUAACUGCCAGUCACUGAGUUAAUGUUCAGAAUCCCCAUUGUAUUGCGAAGCUGAAGAACUGAGGGGCAGUUUAGUUGUAGGCUUUUAAUAAGUUGAUGGGAGGCUGGGAUCCCUUUCUGAGCAGUAGCUCUGGCACUCAGGUAGCUUUUGCCUUCAGCAGGGCCGGAUCCAGGCAUCAGCUUGGCAAGCAGGUGCUUGGGGCGGUCACUCCGGAGAGGGGCGGCACAUCCAGCUAUUCGGCGGCAAUUCGGCGGUCGGUCCCUCACUCCGGCUCAGAGCGAAGGACCUUCCGCCGAAUUGCCGCCGCAGAUCGCGAUUGCAAUCACGGCUUUUUUUUUUUUUGGCUGUUUGGGGCGGCCAAAACCCUGGAGCCAGCCCUGGCCUUCAGGCUUCCAAGUUGAUCACACAUCCAGCUUUGUACUCUGAAUUCUAACCUUGUUUUUGAAAAAAAUCUUUUGAUCUCCACUAAAAAAUCCACUUCCUGGAAAGAAAAUCCAGGAAGCCAGACUCCGCCUCUCAAAAGGCAAAUCCUGUAACAUAACACUGGGGAAGAGAAAGGAGCGCAGCUGAUCUUAGAAAACAGCAACUGAAGGACGAAAACUGCUAGAGCCCAGAAGGGAUCCUAGCCUCUGAUCAACGAAAAAGCCAACAACAACCAAACUGAAUACACACCCAGCGUUUCCAGAAUGGAAAAUAAUGAAAGUGUGUUAAGGAGGAAAUUAGAAAUGGUCUGUGGUGUUCCCCUAUUCUGGAGUAUUGUUGAAGAAUGGGCCCAGGUGGAAUCCUUCCAGGCGAGGCCAGAUGACCUUCUCAUUUCCACCUACCCGAAGUCAGGCACAACCUGGAUCAGUGAAAUUGUGGACAUGAUCUAUAACAACGGUGAUACAGAGAAGUGUAAACGGGAUGCGAUUUACGUUCGGGUCCCUUUCAUGGAGCUGAUCAUCCCUGGAAUUUCAAAUGGUGUUGCACAGCUGGCUAAAAUGCCCUCUCCCCGGUUAGUAAAGACCCAUCUUCCUGUUCAACUCCUUCCUGACUCUUUUUGGGAAAACAACUGCAAGAUCAUCUACGUUGCCCGAAAUGCCAAGGAUGUGGCAGUCUCUUAUUACCAUUUCUACCAAAUGGCAAAGAUGCAUCCAGAGCCUGGCACCUGGGAUGAGUUCCUGGAGAAGUUUGUAACUGGGGAAGUUGCGUUUGGACCUUGGUAUGAUCAUGUGAAAGGCUGGUGGGAGAAGAGAAAGGACAAGCCAAUUCUGUACCUGUUCUAUGAGGACAUGAAAGAGGAUCCUAAACGUGAAAUACAAAAGGUGUUACAGUUUCUGGGAAAGGACUUGAAGGAGGAUGUGGUGAAUAAAAUCCUUCAUCACACCUCAUUCCAGGAGAUGCAGAAGAACCCCACUGCCAAUUAUAAGAUGGUAUCAAAAGAUCAUAUGGAUCACAGUGUGUCUCCCUUUAUGAGAAAAGGUAUUGCGGGCGACUGGAAGAAUCACUUCACCGUGGCCCAGAAUGAGGCAUUUGACUCAGAUUAUAAAGAGAAGAUGAAGGGAUCGACACUGCAGUUCCGAACGGAGAUCUGAAGCAGCAGUAGCUUCCUUCCCCCUGGCUUAGGUGUUUAGUUGGCUUAGACAAGGGAGAAAUUGAAAUUAAAUGGUGGCACCAAAGCAAACAGCAACUGUUAACUACUUUAGAUAUGAUUUUUUCCAUACGUUUCUAUUUUUGUGGGGUCUUCAGUUCCAUAACUGCCAUUUGGAUAAUGCAGAUGGGACUUCAAGCCCCACCCCUCUGGACUGUCACUAGACUCAGUGAUGGUUUCAGCUGUUGUGCGCUGAGAUUCCCACAUAACCACAUGACUCCAGGGGCUGUGGCUUGAAGAAAACCCACCAAAUAUCAUGUGUCUUGUGGUAAAAUCACAAGAGAUGGCAACACUGAGGUUACUCCACCAGAGUGAUUAUGCAGCCACUAUCAUUAGCAAACUACAGCAAGCUAUCGUUGGGAAUCUUGGCCUCGGUUUUUAAGGUCUCAUCUACAAGGCCCGACACAGUAAACUACAUGGUACUGAGUUUCUCUACUACACCUGAAAAGCUAAGCUGAGCCUGCUGUGACUCAAACCAGCAGGUUCCAGAAAGUCUAGAUAUGCCAAAACUGAUGUGUAGACCAUUAGGUGCUUUGAGAUGAAAAGCACUGUAAGUGCUAGAUAUUAAGUGAUGCCCUGCAAAAGAGUCUUUCAUUCAAAUUGCAUAUGCAUGUCAAACAGGGCCGGCUUUAGGCCAAUUCCCCCGAAUUGGGCCCCAUGCAUAAGAGGGCCCCACGCCCUAAAGAAAAGCGCCUAACUUAGGUGCCUUUUUAAUUUUUUUACUCACCUGGCGGCGGUCCGGGUCUUCAGAGGCACGUCAGCGGCAAGUCCUUCAGUGCCAUGGAAGACCUGGAGCGAGUGAAGGAUCCGCUGCUGAAGUGCCGCCGAAGACCCGGACAGCCGUUGGGUAUUCGAAUCGGACCCCGCACUUACUAAAGCCGGCCCUGAUGUCAAAUGUGCCUGCCUAUGAGCACACACACAGAUUAAAGGCUGUAAAUCUGA